GGGCGGUAUGGGGAGGUUGCGGGCGGGAUGGGUUAGGUGAUGGGGGAUGAAUUAUCGGAGUAUAGCUGGAACCUUUAUGGAGCCUUUACGAAAACCUUUAUGGAAUAUGAUAUCUUAUGUUUCUCCGUGAUAUUGUACUUUGUUGGAAGUCCUCUCUGUCGUGUUCAGGUCCCUCGGCCUUUCCGGUGUAGUCUUUUACGAGGUGAUGGCGAAGAAGAACCACAUCCAACCGCCCACGUCCUCCACCCGCGUCGCCGCCGCCGCCCGCACCGCCUUCCAGCCCAUCCGCAACAAUGCGCCGCGCGUGCUAGGUGCGCGGUUCGCCAGCGAGAAGGCCGCGGCCGGAAUCGAUGGGCAGAUCCAUCAGGUCAUCGGAGCUGUGGUUGACGUCAAAUUCGAUACCGAGCAGCUGCCGGCCAUUCUCAAUGCCUUGACGACGGAGAACCAAGGUCAAAAGCUGGUGCUGGAGGUCGCUCAACAUUUGGGUGAGAACGUCGUGAGAUGUAUUGCUAUGGACGGUACCGAAGGUCUCGUCCGUGGUUCCCGCGCUACCGACACCGGUGCUCCCAUCAAGAUCCCCGUCGGUCCUGGUGUCCUCGGCCGUAUCAUGAACGUCACUGGUGACCCCAUUGACGAGCGUGGUCCCAUCAAGGCUGCCAAGUACGCUCCCAUCCACGCCGAUGCUCCGGAGUUCGUUGACCAGUCCACGUCCGCCGAAAUUCUCGUCACCGGUAUCAAGGUCGUCGAUCUUCUUGCCCCAUACGCUCGUGGCGGUAAGAUUGGUCUGUUCGGCGGUGCAGGUGUCGGAAAGACCGUGUUCAUUCAGGAGUUGAUCAACAACAUUGCCAAGGCUCACGGUGGUUUCUCCGUCUUCACUGGUGUCGGUGAGCGUACCCGUGAGGGUAACGAUCUGUACCACGAGAUGCAGGAAACCGGUGUCAUCAACCUUGAGGGCGACUCCAAGGUCGCUCUGGUCUUCGGUCAGAUGAACGAGCCCCCGGGUGCUCGUGCUCGUGUCGCUCUUACUGGUUUGACUGUUGCUGAGUACUUCCGUGACGAGGAGGGCCAGGACGUGCUUCUCUUCAUCGACAACAUCUUCCGAUUCACUCAAGCCGGUUCCGAAGUGUCUGCCCUUCUUGGUCGUAUCCCAUCUGCCGUCGGUUACCAACCCACUCUCGCCGUCGACAUGGGUAUGAUGCAGGAACGUAUCACAACCACCCAAAAGGGUUCCAUCACCUCCGUCCAGGCCGUCUACGUGCCCGCCGACGAUUUGACCGAUCCCGCCCCAGCCACCACCUUCGCCCAUUUGGACGCCACCACCGUGUUGUCCCGUGGUAUCUCCGAGUUGGGUAUCUACCCGGCUGUCGAUCCCCUCGACUCCAAGUCCCGUAUCCUCGAUCCCCGUGUCGUCGGCCAGGAGCAUUAUGACACCGCCACCAAGGUCCAACAGAAGCUCCAGGAGUACAAGUCCCUGCAGGACAUCAUCGCCAUUUUGGGGAUGGACGAACUGUCUGAGGCCGACAAGCUCACCGUCGAGCGUGCCCGUAAGAUGCAGCGUUUCCUGAGCCAGCCGUUCACCGUCGCCGAGGUAUUCACUGGUUUCGAGGGCACAUUGGUCGACUUGAAGGAUACCAUCCGAAGCUUCAAGGCUAUCCUCAACGGAGAGGCCGACGAUCUUCCUGAGAACGCUUUCUACAUGGUUGGUGGCAUCGACGCCGCCCGCGCCAAGGGUGAGAAGAUCCUCGCCGAGUUGGGCUCCGAGUAGACAACCCCACUCCUCCACGAGGGCAGCAGUUCUAGAACUGGACCGUGACUCCUCUCCUCCACGCCAAUCCCCCACGAGGCGAACGUCACAUCCUGUUUUCCCCUGCUUUCUGUCGUCCACUUGACCCCACCCAUCCCCAUUUUUUGUACAGAAAUAUCAGGCCGGCUGGCAUGGGAUCGAUGGGACCCUUUCUGCGCAAACUAAAAGUAGACGGACGGUGGAUGUAUGUGUGUGUAUGGGGCGAGGAGAGUCGAUGUGUUUGGUGGUUGAUAGAUGACUAGUCAGCGGUGCGC